UGACAGAACGGCAACAUUUUAAACUUCCGUUAAAAACAAACAUGGAUACGGAUCCAAAAUUUCGCCCCAUUUCGGCGAUGAGUUUGAGAACAAAAAUUCGUGAGGACCACUUAACUUGUCCAAUAUGUUUUGGCGAGUUUGAUAAACCUAAAGCCCUGCCAUGUUUACAUUCAUUUUGUCAAGGUUGUUUGACUGAUUUCAUAGUGAGUCGUGGGUUUGAAUCCUCUGGACAAUUUCCAUGCCCCGUUUGCCAGAAACCGACGAUCAUUCCACAUGGAGGUGUGAGUGAAUUUCCAGACAACCACCUGUUAUCAAGUCUUUCAGACACCGUGGUCAAGAGACCAGCGGUUCCUCCUCGUCCUAAAGGCAGCCCUGUUGAUGGAAAUCUACGAAGUGUGUCUCCAGUUUCUGGUAAUCUCUACCCAAAAGCACCAAGUGGUAUUCCCUCCAACAUAGCUACUGCAACAAAUACACCCUGCAAUGAGGACCUUCUUCUCCGAUUUGGUCAUCAUGGAACUACCAUAGCAGACUUCAUGAAGCCUUACGGCCUGGCAGUGGGAAAGAAUGGGGAAUAUGUAGUAACAGACCUGGCAGGCAGUCGAGUUUUAGUGUUCGCAAAUGCCGGUGAACUGAUCGGUCGAUUUAGCUGUGACUGUAAAAUAAGUGGAGUUACAAUGACUCAUGACAAUUUAAUUCUUCUGGCAAUAAAUGGCGCAGGAUCAGCAAUAAUGAGACUAUACAAUAUGGAUGGUCAUGUGCUCAAGACUAUCGGGGAUUACUAUCGUUUUGAUAAACCCAGUGGCAUAGCAAUAACUUCCAAGAAUCAGACCAUCAUUUCUAAUCUUGAAGGCAAUAACAUCUUUGUAUUCACAGAUCAAAACAAAAUGUCUGUCAAAUUUGGAUGGCAUGGUUCUGGUGACAAACACUUUGAUGGCCCAAACUUUAUCGCAGUGGACAGUAAAGAUAACAUCAUAGUCAGUGACUCAGGCAAUAACUGUAUCAAAGUCUUUGACACUGCAGGGAACUUUAAAAGGAAGUUUGGCAAUCUCUGCUGUCCCAUGGGAGUUACUGUAGACAAGCGAGAUAACGUCAUAGUGGCGGAUGCUGGGAAUUUUAGAGUGCAAGUGUUUGACAGUCAUGGUAACUAUCAACGAUCAUUGGUUGAAAACACGGAUGACAUAGCACCUGAUGUUAAACCUUUAAAUGUCGCAGUAACAAAAGCGGGAAAUGUGGCUGUAUUGCUGAGGGGAACACAAUUUUCUGAAAUCCGAGUCUACAAGUGGUUGGCUUAGAUCCUUGGUGUGAUAUGAACUCUCUGUUGUACAAAUAUCCCCUUUAUCUAUGCAAUGCUCUUACUAACUUUGUUAUAUUAUUUAAAUGAUAUAUGAGGCAUGGAGUAAAAGUAUCUGGUAUUUAGGUAAAAUUUAUGAUCACAUAACUCAUUAAAUACACAGAAUCAAUAUAAGCUAGGCAUUUGAUUGCGUUCCAUAAAGUGCUUGUAAAUUGUACAUAUAUUGAAUAAUUUAUUAUGUACCUGUUGACUUGAAAUUAACAUGUUACAUGUACAAUAUAUAUCAUGUAUAUAAAAUCAAUUCUAUUGAGAUUGAAAUGAAAUCUGAUAUGGCAUUUAUGGGUUUUUUUCUUUCGAAUUGUUAGUUUUAUUUGUCCUGGUGAUUAUUUGUAGGUUAAACUAGGUUUCAUGAAUUUCCAAU